GUGACGCAAACCGAGCGCCCCUCCGGCUUGACGCUCCACAACAAACCCGGAAGCAGCGGCCGCAGAUCGCUUCUCUUCUCCGCUGCUGGCUCCGAGCGAGGCGGCUUCCAGCUCCGUCGACUCCCCGGUUCUCCCACCAGCAUCCAGAGGCUGACAUCUGCUGGAGGACUGUGACCCGGGGCCACCUGCCAGGCCGGGCCUCCCUGCUCCUGACUGACAGUCACACAGCUCCACUGCUGGUAUCAUAUCAUGGGGAACCUACUGAAAGUUUUGACAUGCACAGAUCUGGAACAGGAGCCCAAUUUUUUCCUCGAUUUUGAAAAUGCCCAGCCCACGGACGCAGAGCGAGAGGUGUGGGAUCAGGUCGACGUGGUGCUGAAAGACGCCAAGGGGAUCCUGGAUGAGCUUCAGGCGUACAAGGGAGCGGGGCAGGAGAUCAGAGAGGCGAUCCAGAAUCCAAACGAUGAGGCGCUUCAGGACCAAGCGUGGGCGGCUGUGGUUCCCUUAGUGGGGAAACUGAAGAAAUUCUACCAGUUCUCCCAGAGGUUAGAGGCGGCGCUGCACAGCCUCCUGGGAGCUCUAACCAGCGAGACUUACAACGACCCCACUCAGCAUCUGGAGCGGGAGCAGGCACUGGCCAAGCAGUUUGCCGAGAUCCUGCACUUCACUUUGCGCUUUGAUGAGCUUAAAAUGACAACUCCUGCCAUUCAGAAUGACUUCAGUUAUUAUAGGAGGACGCUGAGCCGCAUGCGGAUCAACAACGUACCGGCGGAGGGUGAAAACGAAGUCAACAACGAACUGGCCAAUCGGAUAUCUCUGUUCUACGCCGAUGCCACGCCCAUGCUGAAGACAUUAAGCGACGGCACAACAAAGUUUGUGUCGGAGAACAAGAACCUGCCUAUUGAGAACACGACAGUGUGCUUAAGCACAAUGGCGACCGUGUGUAAAGUCAUGUUGGAAACACCGGAGUACCGCAGCCGAUUCGCCAGCGAAGAGACCGUGUCUUUCUGCCUGCGCGUCAUGGUCGGGGUCAUCAUCUUGUACGACUACGUCCAUCCCGUAGGAGCCUUCGCCAAGUCAUCGAAAAUCGAUAUGAAAGGCUGCAUCAAAGUCCUCAGAGAACAGCCUCCGAACAGUGUAGAAGGCCUUCUCAACGCUCUCAGGUACACAACCAAGCAUCUGAAUGAUGAAUCAACCAACAAGACUAUCAAGAGCAUGCUGCAGUAGGACUGAGCCGCUGCGACUGCUUGCCUCACACCCUGCUGGGGGGAGACGCCACUCUCCUGACUGAUGUCGGUGCACAGAAUGUUUGUUUUUUCUUUUAAAGAGCUACAGCUCCGCCCUUUUUUUUAUAUUGCAAAAUGCUACUGCCAUUAUGAAACGUCUUUUUCUGUGCCAAAAAGAUGUCGCUGUGAUGUUUUCGAUAAAAAGGCCAUGCAACAAUGGCAGCUAAUGAAAACAUUGCGGAACCUCUGGUGUUUUUAAAAAAUGUCUUGUUUUUUUUCCCUAUUUAAGGGACGGGGGAGCUUUGACUUGAAAAUUUAAAAGAGAGAGAUAUAUAGAGAAGUAUAUAUUAUUUUUGUUUGAUUCGUUAUUUAAUAUUACAUCUUCUGCAUGAUGAAAAUUGUCUUUUUUUUUCCUUGUAUUUAAAAAAACUAAUGGUUCAGUUUAAUUUGUCUGCUCUAUUGUGCAUUAUUAAAUGUUUUGUUAUUGAAAUGGUACUUGUCAAAAUGAGAUUAAGAGUACUGUUCUUAUAUUUUUUUAUAGGUUUUAAUUUGUGCAUAUGACUUUUUCUCAUAGUUGUGUUGUAUUUUUCAUUUGAAAACUUUCAAACUGUGAUGUGUGCAAAAUCAAAAUCAAAUUAGGAGCGUGUACUGUACAUGGACAGUAUGUUGUGGCUGGAGACAUUAAAAAGAGAACUCUUGUUUUCUACAA